UUGCCGAGUCCGUUGCGGCUGCCGGCCGGAAGAUCCGGCACUGGAGCAUAAAAAUAAACACUAAUGGCGGAGGCGGCAGCAUCCUCAACAGCGGUUCCAGCAAUAACGGGAGGAAGCUGGACCAAGCACGUCACCUGCAGGUAUUUCAUGCAUGGGGUUUGCAAAGAAGGGAAUAACUGCCGCUAUUCUCAUGAUCUUGCCACCAGCAAACCAGCCAUGAUCUGCAAAUACUUUCAGAAAGGAUGCUGUGCUUUUGGGGAUCGCUGCAGGUAUGACCACACCAGCCCAUCCAAACAAGAUUCAACAAGUGGUCCCAAGCCGAUGAUGCCAUCCGAUUCAGCAACUGCUCCCGAUUGUACUUCUAAACCUAAACUGAGCAACAUGAGAGAAAGUGGAGAGAGCCCAAGGCCAUCUGGCUUUGUAGACUGGGUUAAUGCAGCAGAGUUUGUACCAGGCCAGCCCUACUGUGGCAGAGCACCAGGACUGCUGAUUGAAGAGGAGUAUGAGAAGCAGCAAGCAGACAAAGAGUUGAAAAAGCAGCUUUGCCCAUAUGCGACAGUUGGAGAGUGUCGCUAUGGUGAGAACUGCGCUCACCUCCAUGGUGAUGUCUGUGAUAUGUGUGGGCUCCAGGUUCUCCACCCCUCUGAUACAAUGCAGCGCUCCCAGCACAUCAAAGCUUGCAUUGAAGCACAUGAGAAGGACAUGGAACUUUCCUUUGCCAUACAGCGUAGCAAGGAUAUGGUGUGUGGCAUUUGUAUGGAGAUAGUUUAUGAAAAAGUCAACCCCAGUGAACGCCGUUUUGGGAUCCUCUCCAGUUGCAACCACUGCUACUGCUUAAAAUGUAUUCGUAAAUGGAGAAGUGCCAAGCAAUUUGAGAGCAAAAUAAUCAAAUCCUGUCCUGAAUGUCGGAUUACUUCAAAUUUUGUAAUCCCAAGUGAAUACUGGGUUGAGGAUAAGGAAGAAAAGCAAAAGUUAAUUCAGAAGUACAAGGAUGCAAUGAGCAACAAGCCAUGUCGUUAUUUUGAUGAGGGAAGAGGAACCUGUCCUUUUGGAGGAAACUGUUUCUACAAGCAUGCAUUUCCUGAUGGCCGAAUAGAGGAACCCCAAACUCGGCGGCGGCAGCUGGGCUCAUCUGGACGGCAUAGAGUCAAUCAGAGCCAAAGACGGACACCACUCUGGGAUUUAUUUGAUGAAAGAGAAAAUAAUGACUCCUUUGACAAUGAUGAAGAGGAUGUAGUUACGUUUGAACUUGGAGAGAUGCUUCUCAUGCUUCUGGCAGCAGGUACUGAUGAUGAAAUCACAGAUUCGGAGGACGAAUGGGACUUGUUUCAUGAAGAGCUGGAUGAUUACUACGAGGUUUACCUAUAGCACUUCCCUACAGUAGCAAGUAUGGACUGUCUGUGUGUCUGUUGACAGUAGCUACUUUCCCUGUGUUGUGGCAGUGCCAUUUGGGCAGGCCAAAUUAAUCAGACAAAUAAAUACAGUUCAGUGCAUUGUUAUUUAACCUUUUUCUAGAAAUGUCUAUUCUGUGAGUUUGUCAGUGUCUAGUCUGACCAAAAAAAAAAACAAUAAACAUUCUUCAACUUAUGGGUGUGGAUGUGUUGUGCAUCAUCAACCCAGGUGUAGUUUAAACUGAAAUGGUGUGCACUGUCUCCACGGCAGUACGGCCUUUUGGUGUAGGUAUGUUGUACCAUAAAGAGACAAUGCAAACAAACUUGUGUGAGCAAUAUGAAGGGCAAUACUUUAAACUGUUUAAAUGUGUAUUUUUUUAUUUUCUUUUUCUACUCUUAAUGGAUUUCCAUUGAGCUUACUUACACUGAUGUGUGUGAUUAUUUCACUUACACUUCUGAAACAGGUUUUGCACAUUAACUUCCACGCUUUGUUUUUGUUGGAAAUUAAUUUUGACACUGUAUACUAUUUAAUAUUGGCUCUUGGAGCACACCGAGUUAUAAAAUCACACCUGUGAUCUGAGCUAGCUAGUUUUUUGCUUGAGGCAAAUUGUCAUGCUGUAGGUAAAUUUAUCAGGCCUGGAAGACCACUGUAUAUAGAACCCACAGCAUGAAGUAAAAAGAUGACUGUAUUUCAGGUUGAUGUAUGUAAAUUCAGUUUAACUGUGGUUUGUAUGUGUUUAACUAACAGACUUCAGGCUGUUCCAAAGAUAGCUAAGCCACUUACAUUCUGAAAAUUAGUUUAUGGUAUGUUCUCAAAUGUUUGUAUUUAUAUUUUCAGGUUUAUAUGCUACCAAACCAUUACAGAAUGACAAUUAAAAUUAUUUAAAAUUAUUAAA